AUCGCAACUUCCAAACGACCCAAUAGAGUAGUACAAGCUUACAAAUUACUUUGAUCAAGACCAAAACCAAAACCAGCAAUGAGACAUCCACAACCACAAGGACUUGCAGCAAUUCAGUUCAGUAACAAUCAACAUGAUUCAUCCAACAAUCCAAAAAUGAUGCAAAGCUUGGGGAUUGUGAAGACUGUAAGCCAAAGAGACCGAAACUUGCAAUUUAAUUGGUCGAUGGUGUUAAACAGAAUACCAAAUCAACUUUACACCCAAAAUGUGCCUUCAUUCUUUGUGAGAAAUUUAAUUGGUUUCAUUUUAUCUCGGUGCUCUAAUGAAGGAGAUAAAAAUUCACCUUCAUCCAUCCAUCGAUGUUGUGGGAGAACAAUCGACCGAAGAAUCCAUUAUCGAUACCACAACUGCGAGUGGCCAUGUACAAACACGAGAUGGAAGCCUUGAUGAUGGUGUUUGUACGCCACUCAAGAGGAACUUAAGUGACGAGGAUAGGUACAAUAGUUGUUUGGCUUCAGUAACUUAUAGGUAUAUUAGGUUUCUUUAUUUUAAGUGGUACGUUGGAGAUGAUCGGUCUUUGGUACAAAAAUAUUUGAACUUGGUUUUGGUGAAACUUUGUCGAUCGGUCUUUCGUGUACUCCACAUGAUUUAGCAGUUAGAUGUACUUUGUCGAGUUCCUAUCAAUCUCAAUAAUCAAUUAUAAUUUUUCAUUAAAUUGAACUUCGGGUUUGAGUUUAGAUAACCGGGGUCUGGAGUUUAUCCAUUAGAGAUUAGGGUAUAAUAUCAUACCCCAAACUCGGUUAAAAUCAAUGUCGAGAUAGAGAUAUCUCACUAAGAGUACUAGGAGUACACCAGGUGUCAUUAUUGUCCAUUAUACACUCACUUCACAAAUGAAUUGUGUUUCCUUGAAUCUAAGUCUUCGAUAUGAAUUUCCUAUAAGAUUAGUAUUAUUUUUUUCCUUUUCAAGUUGACAUAACGCUAUUGAGAAUGACUUUUUUCAUACCAUCUUCAAGUUAGAGUUGUGAACGAAAUACUCAUAUUUAUCCAUUAUAUCGUAUUCUUUAGAUUAUGCAAAAAAUAAGGACCCAAUUUUUUAUUUUCUUCGGCCAACAGGCCGAGCAUCAAGCUAGUUCAAAAAUGGGAUCGAGUUUAGGGAUGGCAAUGGGGUGGGUUUGAGGCGGAUUUUCCUAAACCAUCCACAUCCCCACUUUCAAAUAUCCAUACUCAUACCCGCCCUAUACCCAUGUGGGAAAAGAUUUUACAAACCCAUCAUCAUACCAGUGGAUUUCAGGUACCAAUCGGUAAUUGAUAUUCGGCUUUAAUAUAUCGGAUUCUUGGACUUUAUGUGAUAUUCCGUGGUAUGUUUUAGUCAAUUGGUGCUAUUUUAGGGCUCACUAACCCGGAAAUGGUUGAAAAACCAUUACUGCCUAGUGCCAUGAGUUUGAUAUAAUGCAGGUGGAGAAAACACGAAAAAGAAGUUGCACCGGCAAACAUUUCUCGAAAGCUGGGCUUAAAGCCCAGUUGGAUGGGGAUUAAUGACAUGGACCGCAUGGAAUUGGAUUUGGGCUUGGGCUGAGAAGCAGAAGAUGAGAGGCGGCCUCUCUUUUGGUUUUUGGCGAGGGCGGACUUAAUAGGGGGAACCAGGCCGGCUCUUCCAUUUUCUGGGGAAAUUAGCUCGUGGCCAAAAGAAUGGGCCAAAGCCCAUUUUCAUGCCCUUUCUCCAGAACUGGCGGAACAGGAAGGGAAUUAGUGGGCUGAACUCUCUUGGAAGGGAAAUUCGUUGGAGGAAAGGAUUGAUAUGGAGGGCGAACGAAACUCUGGGGGAAAAUAGAGAAAGCAGAGGGCGAACAGGAAAUUUUGGGACGGGAAUAUCUGGGCGAUUUCUUUGGGCGAGAAGGCAAUUCUGGACGGAAGUUUUAUUUGGAGUUGAGGGGCGAGUUCUUUUGGAAAAAGGAUAGAAAGGAGACGCAGCGCAAGGCAGCAAAAAAAAAACAACAGGCGAUUGGGAAUUUGACGAUCGAUUCAUCCAAGGCUUGAGCUGAGUUCAACGAGAGCGAUUAGUUGGUUGGAUUUUCUAAACCUAAUUAGUUGUUUCUUGUUGUUUUAGAACAUGAUGAACAAAACCCUAUCGAUUUAUCUUAAUUUCGUCAUGAACUAAACCCCAAUUUCUGGGGGAAACACCAUAGGAUAUAGCUAUUUCUUGAUUUGAUGGAUGGAUUGAUUUAUGAUUCUUUUCUUCCAAUCUCUAUUGCAUGAAAUUAUUUAAUGCUUUGUGUUGGCUGGCCACCAAUACGAUGAUUUGUAGUUAAUUAGGUUAUUAGCGACAGUGAAACCCUAUUAACCGAACCUAUUUCAUGUGACAUAUUAACUUAUCGAAGCGACAGUGGAUUAAAUAAGGUGCUAUGCGGUCUUAAAUAGGAUAUCGGUCUUCAGGCUAAAUAAUUAAGUCAUUGAGCUACGAUAGUAGGAUUUGAUUUAAUUGUUUAGUACGUAGUCAUUCCCAACAGGGAUAGCUAGCACAUUCGUGAUAUCCUGGCUGUAGAGAGUUGGAUUAAAUUGAUUGGACUAUGUGAAUCAAUCUGGAUAUGAUAGGUAGUGAAUUUCGGUGUUUCUCCCAGAGCUUUCUCCCAUUGAUUUUCUCCCGACAGUUUUCAUUUAGUUAAUUUGUUUAUUUUAUUUUGCUUUUAGAAAUUAGUCUCAUUAAACUAUUUUCACUUAUAGUUUGCUCAUAAAUUUGAUAGAAUCUAAGGUUGUACCAGUCCCUGAGAGACGAUACCCGGACUUUCCAGUUUUACUACAAGAUAGGAAUUGAAGCAUUACGCUUUUGCCCUAUCAAGUUUUUGGCGCCGUUGCCGGGGACUGCCAUACCUUAUUUUUGUUGAUUUUUGGUGAGUGAACUAUUUUGAUCUGGGUGUUAGUGUGCAGGUGAAUUUUUCAGGUUAAUCCUCCUCGUGCAUGCCAAGGAGGACGACUGGCAAUUUACUGCCACUAGAUCCCGAGAUCGAGAGGACCUGCCGACAGAACAGGAAGAAGGUCAAGUUAGGGAAGCAGCCUACCACUUCCACAACUCCUAGGCCUUCCCUAACUCAGAAUCGUCAACCGAGAAGGCAGGUGACGCCACCUGUCAUCCCUACACCACCUACACCACCGUCGCGCAUCAUCGAGCCUGUCAUCAUGGCUGAACAAGAUCGUUCGAUCAGGGCUCGUCUGAAUCGGAGGACUGGAGCCCGAGCUUCAUGUGUUGUCAUUCUGGCUGGGGAUGCAAACAUGGAGAUUGCCCCAGCCUUCAUCAAUAUGAUCACGAAUGGGUACACCUUCUCAGGGCCCAGCACCGAGGAUCCUCAUGAACAUCUCUGCCGGUUUGCAAACAUUUGUGACACAAUGAAGAGCCCGGCUGUGUCUGAUGAUGCCAUCCGUCUUCGGAUGUUCUCAUUUUCUCUGCUAGGGAAUGCAUCACACUGGUUCCAGAACUUGACACCCCGUUCCAUCACAACAUGGGGUCAGCUUGAGAAGACCUUUUUGGAUAAGUACUUUCCUCCUGCCAAGGCUAUGAAGAGGCAAGAGGAAAUUGUAACUUUUAAACAAGCUGAAGACGAAAGUCUGACCGAGGCAUGGGAGCGCUAUAAGGAGCUUCUAAUUAGAUGCCCAAGCCAUGGUCUUGAAGAUUGGAACGUGAUCAUUAUUUUCUUCAAUGGAAUCAGAAGGGAGUUUCGGGAUGCCCUAAAUAAUGCUUCUCGAAAUGGUUUCACAAGGAUGGAGGCUCCAGCAGCAUAUGAACUGGUAGAGAAGAUCUGUUCAGAAGCCACUAAAUGGGGUAGUGAGACCAGUAUUCGAAGAAGAGGAGGCUUGCAUGAGAUAAACAGAGUUGCAAGUUUAGAAGCAAAGAUUGAUGCUAAGCUGGAUUCCAAGUUCGAUGCACUCGAACGAAGGCUGGCCAAGAUUGCUUUGGGUAGACAAGAGGAGGUUGCUUCAUGUGAACUUUGCGAGGGUCCUUAUAGGUGUCAAAACAUAGCCCGACCCGAUUAACCCGCCCGAUCAACCCGACCCGCAACCCGACCGCAACCCGAAUUGACUAAAAGUCAACAACUCGUAACCCGCCCGACCCGCAACCCAAUUGACCCGCAACCCAACUAACCCGCAACCCGACUAACCCGCAACCCGAUUAACCCGAACCCGAUUGACCCACAACCCGACUGACCCGCAACCCUAUUAACCCGAACCCGAUUGACCCAAACCCGACUAACCCGUAACCCGACCGACUCAACCCGAAUUUCUUCUAAUCCACUUGAAUAAUUAUAAAAAUAUACAAUACAUAGUUUUUCAAAAUAAAGUUUUUCAUUCUAAACUUAAGUAAAAUUAUUUUUUCAUUUCGUAUAAGAAAUUUAAAAAAUACGA